AUGUCAGUUCCGGAAAAACUAGCUGUGAACGGGGUAAGUACUUGUAUUAACGAAUUUCCUAGUAAACAUUAACUUCUGCUACACGGAACUGGAUUUUUGAUUUACCACUUUACUUUAAUUCCAUGCCAUGAUAUAUCAUGGUCAUAUAUGGCCGUUGCAAAUUUCCUAGUCAUAUUACUUUGCGUCGAGGAUUUGCUCGAAUAAUUAGAACUAACUGAUUAAAUUGUUUCCUGAAACCUCAACACACUAAUAUAAUGUCGACUGCUUCAGUUUUCAUAAGCCAUGCGAGUUUCACGGUCGUGAGUCAGGCUUGCAAUCCAAAAACUGGUCUACCCUUUUUUCAUUCCUAGGUUAAGUUCGGCGCCAUGUUGAAGUUUCCCGGUCAUCUGCAACGUGAGGUCUUUUAUUCUUACAGAUGUAUUAGCAAAGAUAAGAAGUCAAUAAAAUGCCCUUGUUAAGGGUCAUAACACUGCAGUGCGGGGCAGAAGUGGAGCAAUUUCCCCAGAAUGAUUUGCAGGCUGUGUGCCUGAGUCUGCUUCCGGCUUCAGUUUGUGCUCAUGUAGGCGGGUCUGGAAUUUCCAUCCCUUACCUCCGUCAAGCCCCACAAACAUGCCAAAACGAUGGGGACAGCGAGAAAAAUCGAUCACUCCAAAACCGACUAGCUUGACCAGUCAUUUAAACUUCUGGUUGAUUUUCGACAUUAAACACUUUAAAAGUGGAGAAACUACGAAGCUCUUUGAACGUCGGCAACAGAGCAAGUAUGUUCCAGUGAGCAGCUUCGGUUUCUCAGAUUAUCACCUCGGAGCUCCCACGUUCGCGAACACAAUAUUGUAACACUAUUUAGGCAGGCAAUCGUGGUUUAUCUGUUAGGUUUGAUUUUUUGUUCUGUUAACCAUGAUAUCGUAAGCUUUGUGCCCUAUUGAUCGGUCACUGGUAGCCCUUGGGCAUUCGCUCCGAAUUCUCAACCAAAACCCACUGCAAUUUCCGAUUGGCAAACACUUCUUCAAACAUGGCUGAAUGAUGGCGCCACUAUUCAGCUGCAUUUGCCGUAGUCUGCAGAUUGUCUGCUUACAGUCCGAAUACGUUCGGAGUUUCACGCCGUGCCAUUCCCCCGCAGCAUUAUUUGGGAGUUAGUAUAGUGAACAGUCACGUGUAGAGUGAUGUAGUGUAUUCCAAAAAAAGAAGUUGCUAGUCAUAUUAAUGGACAUUUGAAAAAUCCUCUAAGACAAAUAAUCUUUACUUUAGAAAAUGCUCCACAGAAGGAAUUAGUUGUCUUGAUCCGAGACACUCCAUUUCCGUUCGAGGGUUUCCUCCUCCAUGCCAGCCCGUCAACAGUACUGUCCUCAUCCAUAUAUUCUGCUUCGUAACAUCUGUCAGUCAGCGGACGGCGCGCAGCUUCUGCACUACCUUUUCCCUACACGCCUUGGUGUUAUUUGUCUAUGUGAGUUGCACGGCUCAGAAAUGAUAGGUGGGGUUUACGGUCACGUGGGUGAACUCACGUUAAUGUAAGGCGUCAACUGAUCGUUACCUACUGUAGUUACUGUCAAGCAGAAUUAAGUUUGACAGAAUUCCUGUUGGAGGUAACCUCGUCCAAAGAAAAAGGCAUUUGCUGAUGAUGCAGUAUGGCGUGUCAUGACCAUCUUGUUCCAUAACCACCUACAAAACGAAAUCAACUGCAGGCCUCGCUUAUGGUUGUUUCAAACUAUUUUUGUGCCGUUGGGGUCGCACCAUUCCUUUUUUCGCCCACUACACUGAUGGCAAAACGAUGUCAAGGCUAUUGGAGGUUAGUGCGGGCGCUGUAGUUGACAGAGUGAAACAGUCCGUUUACGCGUGCCACACACGGUCUGGUCCCCGAGACGUGUACCGGCGUACUGUAAAGGCGGCUUAAAUUGCACACGCGCGAGCACCAUAAAGAAAACAUUAGGAACAAGCCACAAGAGUCUUUCAGUCCUGAGGAGAUCAGGCUAGCAAUCCUCCAGGCCUCAUCGUGAUAUAUUAUAGCGCGCCAUACAUUCACAUUGAGGGAUGCGCUGAUGUGCCGAGGGAUGGACUUCCAGUGUCCAUCACUCUCCCCUCUUCCAUGCACAAUUUUACCCUUUGAGCCUGUUAAACGACUGAUCGGAUUAAGCGCAAUGGCUGACGCGGCGUGAAGACCUACGACCAUGUAUGCAGUACGCAUGCACGGCAGUAAUUAUGGGCUCGCACGACGGUGCAGCCUGAUGUGGGGGCCAGCCAUGAAUAUCAGUGUUUAUGUUGCACACUGCCGUUGUUUUCCCCACUUCCUGUUUAUUCGUAACUCUGUUGGUUCACGUAGCCAAAAAUGCUAAUUAGGUAGAACUGCUAGUCUAGUUGCCAUUUUUCGUAGUCCACACUGCCAGGGUCCAGAUCCUCAAGACCUGUCUAUCGACUUAUUGUCUACUUUCUGCCUGUCUGAACAACAGUAGCGCAAGGGUUGAGGCCGCCUUUUCAUCUUUCCUCAAAUAGCGCACGUUAUGACGCGUCUUACUACAUAAAAUUACUUUUUUGAACGAUUUGUUUAGCUGAUCUACUCAUCGGAGCCUUUGGUUUUACGACCACCUGUCGGUACCGAAGUACCGAGCUCACUGAGGCCUGUUCGCUAUCGACUGCUUCUACGUAUCCUCGGUAUAUUCAUACUACUCGCAGUGUCGGCCGCCUGCAUAUUUUCACUAAUUUUCCUGCUGAGUCACUCGCUACAACGAUUCGAUGGUCAGUGCACUGUCUUUACGUACGAUUCGGACAUGGAAUUCAACGAACACUACACCCUUCAGCCGCGCGCUGCAGUCAUCAGUCGACCUGCUGUUGAUGGUUUCCCGCCCGUUCGCGUCUUUCACAUGCUGGAUGAUGCCGCCACGGUGAUGGAGACAAGGGCUGUCUGCUACGUCUAUCCGAUGCGCCCUGAGGUGGCUUCUGCAAUCCCAACGGACAGUGGCCUCUUGGAACGCAUUAAAGUACUACAUUGAUGUUUGUUUCAUUCGUCUCAUUUGCGUUAGAACGAAGUCGUGAAAUUGGUUGCUUCCUUACACGUUGUCGGUUUUAAAUGUUUACAAAGAACUGCCUUAUUGCUGUAUGCAUCCGCCUUUCGCCGAUAAAUAGGUCUAAUUGCCCCCGAAACAUCAGUGAAUCUUAGAAACGCGCUUAAGGAUUAUUGUCGCAUUUUUGAAACACUUGUGUUGUUGUAUUCUGCUGUUGAAAUCGCUUCUAGCAUAUUGGCUCUAAUUUUUUGCGUCCCUGCCUGCCAAGUCAUUUGGACCACUCAGCCACCCCAAAUUCAGCCUCCCCCUUAUGGUCACCAGUUAUUUAGAUCCUGCGAAGAGGUUGACGAUCGGUCCUGUCAGCGAUCUAGGGCAUUCGGGUCGUUUUCUCUAAACUGAGUUUAAGACGCAUGGUGGAACCCAGCAGUUGUGCGGAAGCGCCGUUAACCACUUUAUUGAGAAAAACUGGAAGCUGUGUUCGAAUACUCACGACUGCUGCAUCCUACACAAGCUGACCGUGGCUCAUGGACGAACACUUUACAAAACUAGGCUAUUUACUCCAUCGGUCGGCGACCCCUCCUACUGCUAACGUAGAAUGUCAGUACUCCUCCAAAUUACCAUUGAACAACGCUGGUCAGCUGUGAACUCGUCAGACAGCGUAGACAUCGUUGCCCUCAGCGAUAUCCGCAUCUCAACGCAAGGUCAGGGGAACGAGUUAAUGCAGAACCCACUCUUCUCUAGGAAAACCAACGAAAAUAACAAUGUUGGCAUACUGAAGUCGUCUUUCUCGUAAAAAGUGACAUUGUUAAGAUGCCGCCUUCCCUCGCACUUGAAAUCCACGACCGACACAUAAGAAAUUCACCAUUAUCGUCUGAACUCUGACAGUGCCAAACCCGGACUUAGGAGCAAUUUCUACGAACAUUGGUUCUCCCCUUUGUCUAUAUCAAGAACGUACGAACUUAUUAUUGUGGCUGACUUCAAUGCACUAGUGGGCACAGACCACGUUGCCUGGAAGGGAACACUUUGUCAUUACGGGGUAGGGAACAGCAACGACAGCGGGCUUCGAAAAAACACUUGCAGAACACAAUUAGUGUCACGUUAGUGCCAAUUACAGCACUACGCGCUUGUUAGGAGGCGGGAUCGCCCUGACGGACAUGCAGUACGGGGGACCAUAUUUUGGGCAGGCCAUUAUCUACUUGCCCUAGAGAUGACACUGCGAAUCCAAUCACUGAGGAAUCCCCAAGAAGGAGAAGCACCAACGAGCUUGAACACUGCAAUACCGAACCUGUCUGUACGCAGACUGGAGUUUCGGGAAGAGUGCUGAAAACAGCGGGACUUCUCCCACGCAACUGCAACGGUAUCCUCUGGACUCUCACGCCAACACCAACAUCUGGACAAGUUUAACAACAAUCCGCAAAAUUCGGCACCCACUCCCAGAAAAAACCGGCCUCACUAGACCUAUACGAUCAGCAGCAUCACGGCAAGCAAGUUCGCAUUCUCCCAGUGCCGACACCAAGAAAGUAGACGUUGCUGGGCAUGCAAGACAGAAAAUUCGAGGAUACGAUGGCCACAAUGGAACUAAAAACUAGGGGACUACCAAGACAAUUAACGACCAUUAAUCCAGGGUGACUGCGCAGUUGUUCAAGUGUUACUAGCCUCCCACCAGAAAGACGGAGGAUCCCAUAACGCUGGACCAUACACUAAUGCGUCCUCGGCCGCCCAUCUUCAGCCUGCUAAGGUGCCGUCAGUAUGUUUUUUCUAAAUGUAAAUCUGUACUCACCUUUGUCUAUCACCUGCCUUGCCGAAAACGAUGAGAGUAGUAUAGCACGUGUCUAGAGCAAAGGCUCCGGACGCCGACUCGUCCCCAGCACAAUUCUAAAAAGAAGGUGGUCCUCAGCUACUGGACAAAAUAACCUCAAAGAUAUGUAAAGACAAGACCUGCUAUUGCGAUAUUUCAAUCAUGUCACCAUUUUGCACCGGCGAAUCUGCAAUAGUUGCUAUUGAGUAUCAUCUAGUAUUGUUGGCAAAUUCCACUUCCGAAUUUUCCUCGAUCGAUGGGCUUCAUGCGUCAAACACGGGCUCCUCCCAGAGACGCACUAUGGAUUUCGGCAACGCUGUAGAACAACCGAUAUGAUUUUCGCAACGUAUCAACUUAUGGAUGGUACCAGGAAAUAAGAACCAUUUGUUUGUUUUCACAAAAGCCCCCCGCACGGAAACCGUAGAAGAGUUGAAAGUAAUGGAAUUCGGGUGUCCAGGGGUGUUCGCAAUAGUUGUCGGACAGCUUUGUUGCGGCAUUUUAAGGCGCCACGAACGACCGGACAAACCCGAAAAGCUUUUGACGUGACAAAUGAAGCGAUUGAUAAGUUGGGACUCCUUGUACUCAGCUUUAUCGUGCACUAAGGUGGUGUUCCCAAGAAAACAGUGACUUGUAAUUUUGACGUCCCGUGGAUGGUCUGGCCUGACUCCGUAGGUCAGCCAUAUAUUUGCUAGGAAACGAAAACACCCCGAAGACACCGGCAGCCGUGUGAGUGUUCUUAUAAGCUAAUCGAACUCAACCCUCCUAACUGAGGACGAAUACGCUACGGGUAAACUCCACGCCGGCCAACCUAUUGCAACCGACUACUGCAGCAUCUAAAAAUGUCCCUUAAUAGUUUUUUUGCUAACGCCACUGGCAAACACAUUCACCAGUUUCCUAGAAUUCCCACUCCGACUUUUCGGUUGACUUAAGUGACCUACUUGCUUAGGUGGCUGUCCUACAAAUGCUGAUUAUCGCUUUCCGCUAUGCAGGUGUCCUCGAGGAAUCUAGAGCUCUAAGUCGAAAUGGAAUUGCCUGUAUUCCGUUCCACAUUCAGUACGGGCGGGUGAAUUCCUACUGCAGUCGGCAAGGCGUGGGCCAGUUUAUCAAGAUGUUGAGCAUUCAACGGAAAUGCCUUAGGCUCAGAUCUCACGUGUUCCCAGCCAAGUAUUAGGUUAUGACUGGCUCCCGACGGCAAUUAAUCCACAAAUGACUAUUCCAUUCUCUCUUGUAUUUGUCGGCAGUGUCUUCUGCGAGAAGCUCUGAUUAUAAGCUGUCCGUGGGCAGAGCAGUGUUCAAGACUCAAUCAUGUUGUGAAUACCCGACCCUAUCUUGCCAGACUUGUUUCCUAAUAUUGGAUAAGAACCGAAGCCUGAUUAUCGCAAUACUUAUAACUAUUGUCUUGUUCGUCUCCAAACCCGUCAAUUUACUCUUGUCGGGGAUUGGAAGUACACUGUAAGCAUCACUCCUCAGGAUGAAUAUGUAUGUAUGCUGAGAGUCGACUUGCAAAAAAGACUCACUAGUUAGGGACGUUGGACUUCUAACCAACAGGUCGUGGUAUCGAGCCCCGGGUGUUCCACGCCUCAGAGUUGGAUGUGGCUGGCUGACGACGGCUAAUAAGCCAGAAACGGCCAUUCCAGUCGCCCUCGUCUUUGUCGGUGAUGCCAUUCUAUCUAAUGAAACAGUGUUUGCCGAUUCUGCGUUUUAAAUUUUAACGUUUUUGUACUUGAUUUUUGUAGGAGCAUUCGCAGGCCCAAGUGAAGGUUCGGCUCUCUCUGGCGCCCCAGGUAUGGAUGCUGUCACCGAUGACCCAACAGCUGCCAAUCAUUAGUCAUCUGUCGGCCACAUCCAACUGCUCGCAGCUCCCUACCUUCCACUUGAUACAGCUUGUUCUCUCCGGCAUUCAGAUACUCUCGGUAAGGCUGCCCUUCCUUUGCUUCUUCAUCAUGCCAUCCAAACAUACAUGGAAAUCGCACCAAGAGCUGGUCUAGUUUUGAAUACAACCAGCUAGACUCGGUUAGAAGCUAACAUUGUCUCUGCCCGGUAUUGAAGCCAGCCAGGGACGUCAAAUUCGUCAGACAUGGCCCUUCAGUUUCCUUGUUUCGACAUAUGAAAUGUUUCGAGUGUAGGUCUCUUGCCUGCAAGAACUCUAGACCGGACCCUCAAGGCAAAAACAAGAAUCCUAUAUUGCGCCCUAUAAUCUGGCCAGGCCAGUAAACGUCAAUCCCAUAUAAUAUGCCUUCACGGAAAUUUUUUAUGUGGACCCACUCUAUAAGGUAAUGCGAUAAACUGAUUCUGUAAAAUUUGUUUUCCUAAAACCGACCGGAUUUUUGUAGGCAACGAAACAUCAGGAGAUUACAGACUAGAAAAGCCAGGUCUUAGUGACAUGACAUUCGAGAACUCUUGAAAUCCCGGGCACUACUGUACGAGAUUUCACACUGUUGCAUUGUAUGCAUCGUAGUUUGACCGCCGUUGCCGACGAUGUCCAACAUAUGCUCCACUGAACGGUGAAACAGACACGGUGACUUGCGCGUGAUUUAGUUUAUAGUGAUAGUAGACUUGCGCGGCAUCUACUGCAGUCUCUAUUUGGGCAUGUUCUUUGUCGUCCAACUCUGGAGCUUAGUGUUACUGCUCUCGAUUCGGCACCGUUACCCCAUUAGAGGCGUCGAAGAGGGGAUCAACUCAAAACUUGGCUCGGCACAGUUCGUCAAGACAUGGAGGUGGUUCUUGGACCUUUGGUACUUGGUGUCCGUUGUUUGCGAAGAGAAUGGGUUGAAAUGUCCAGAUCUGCUGCUGCGGAUUGUCCAGCUUGGAGAGGUACAGUUCGGGACAUCAUCGAGGCCGGCUGAAUUAGACAUGAUCGCAGCCGUACCAAGUGCAAGUAAGUCGUUCUGUUGAUCGCCAUCUGCCCUUAUGGAUCGGUUGCCCCACUGCAGUUGUACCUGUCUCGGCUUGGCGUCCAUACAGGUUCUUUCCAGAAUCUCAACUUCUGUGGUCUUUCCCGGACGUUUAACAUUCUAAAGACAAUUUGGCGAGCACAAGUAAGCUUUCGAUAAAUUCGCAUCAUUAAUAGGAAAGUGCGGGCAAGCAGAAGUUUUUCAGUAGCCGGGGUUUGGGGGGGGGAGGAGGGUCUGGGUGGGUGAGGUAAAAAACAAAAUUACCGUCAGUGUGGACGCCGGACAGGCUUUCGAGUGAUUUACAACGUCCCGUCAAACUAUCCAAAAUCACUUGGACAGCGUCUGUUGGCAACAGCAGAGGCGGCUGGAAAAAGGCUAUACAAACCAGUUCUAUGCGCACAAAAGAACUUCUGUGGCGGUCAAUGAUGUGAGAUCAACUUAAACCACGCAGAAUAAGUUAGUCUCGUCUAAUGGCAGAAGUCAGGGAGCUAUGAGGACUAGUUUAUUCUGUACACAGGGCAGGUUGCCGUAAGUUGGCUGUUUGCUUGCAACAUAAAUAACUGUCCGUUCACGGAGAGCGUCAGUCGCGGUGUGUCGUUUACGCGGGGGUGAAAGUCAGUAGGUGGGGUGACUGGUUGAGUGCUGGUCAUGAGAUUGGACGGAUUAGGGAAGGAUUAAUGGGAAGCAUAAUCACAGGGGCUCACGGGUAUCAAGCCAGGUCGUCCGACGCGCGUGAGGUGAUAAUAGUUUAUGAGGGCAGUCGGGAAUCACUGCAGCUGGACAGGAGGGGCCUCAGUUCUAGCCGACGGGGGUGGUCGUGUGUCAGCUGGCUGGCAACGAUUGUCGCGGCCAUCGACCGGCAAAACGGAGCCGGAGAAAAGGGGGACUGGAGCGGCUGCUACACUUCGUACAGGUACCACAGUUACCAUGGUCCAAAGCCACCAUGCCAGCCAACUGCGUAUAAUUACCCGUCCCAGCGCCCACCAUCUCUUUCUCCCCCCUGACCCUGACGGUAAUUUUGUUUUUCACCUCACCCACCCAGACCCUCCCCCCAAACCCCAGCUACUGAAUAACUUCUGCUUGCCCGCAUUUUCCUUUUAAUGAUUUCGACAGCAAUAUAAAUGUAUAGACCUGAUGAGGACUUGCUCGCCAAAUUGUCUUUUGAAUUCUUAAAUGGUAAUUCGGUAUUCUCCCGAGUUUAAAGUGCGCUAGCGUCCCUGUUUGGCUUACGCUCGUAGCCCAUGCAAGGACGUAGUCAGGACAGCAGCCCUCUAUAUCUUCAGUUUUAUGUUGAAGAGGAUGCCGCCGUGGUUCCAAACGAAUUGUUGUGGCCAGCCGAAGACCCCGCUGGCGUGAGUCUUGGUGUCCCUUAAAAUUUUACUCCAUAGGUACGCGAGUUUGCGGCCGCGUUCGAUUCCGUUCACCGUGAGUUCCUGUGGCGGAUAAUGGCGCUAGAUCGUGUACCGGCAAAAAUCAUCGCCAUGAUCAAGGCCUACUAUCGUUCCACUACUGCGAGAGUCCUGGUCCGUAACAAUCUUUCCCAACCGUUCGGUACUCGGUCUGGCGUCCGACAGGGUUGUAUCCUGUCACCCAUACUCUUCAACUACGCUAUUGACUGGAUCCACGGGAGGGCCCUACGCGUCAGUGCCGGCGUUGAAUUUGCACCCGGACAUCGACUGACUGAUCUCGACUACGCCGAUGAUAUCGCCUUACUUGCUUCAAGUUUUGGUGAUCUGCAGUCUAUGGUGUCACGGAUGAACGAGGUCGCUAAAUCAGUCGGUUUGUCCAUAAACGCUGGGAAGACCAAAGUAUUCUCAAGCUGCAUCCCUGACCAGGAGAGGCACCCCUGGGGAGUGAUGGCUGUCAACUUGAAGAAGUGGACAGUUUUAAAUACCUCGGGGCGAGGCUCCUGCCUAAUGGACAGAGUAAGGACGACAUUGUCUCCUGAAUCGAUACUGCCCGCUGGGUUUCUUCAAGCCUUCGGAAAUACCGACGUGACCUCUCCAUCGCCACUAAAAUUCGCGUAUACCGUGCAUCUGUCCGCUCUGUCCUUCUCUACGGCUGUGAAUGCUGGGCUUUGCGCGUAGAGGAUGAGCGAAAACUGGAGGUAUUUGACCACCGCUGCUUGAGGAUCAUCCUUCGAGUGAAGAUAACUGACUUCGUCUCAAAUGAGACAGUCCGCGCUCGCUGCGACAACAUCGCAAGGAUAACUCGGGCCAACUAAGAAAGACGACUGAGGUGGUUCGGGCAUGUUCUUCGUCGUCCGCCUCAGGAGCUUAGUGGUACUGCCCUCGAUCCGCCACCGUUGCCCCAUUGGGGGCGUCGAAGAGGGGGUCAGUUCAAAACCUGGGUCGACACUGUCUGUCAAGACAUGGAGGUGGUUAUUGGACCUUCGGUAUUCGGUCUCCGUCGUUGGCGAAGGGAAUGGGUUGAGCUGUCUAUAUCUGCUGCCGCGGAUCGUCACGCGUGGAGAGGUACAGUUCGGGACAUCAUCGAGGCCGGCUAGAUCAGGCAUGAUCGCAGCCGUAUCAAGUACAAGUAAGUUUUCUGUCGGUUCGGUAACCGAUCUCGACCUCCGGCCGCCCCUCAUAGCAGUCACAAAUGAGCAUGAGGUAAAAUAAGGUGGAAAAGAGUACACAACCCUGCUUUGACCCAGUUGUCGCGUCGAGUGCUCCCGAGGCUGUUCCUUUUCCGUGACGCACGUCACAAUCCCGUCCUAGAGCUGUCUUACUAUUUGAGGUAUCUCUAAGGAUAUCCUAAUUUAAGCAUGAUUCUCCUGGUUUCAUCGCAAUUCACAUCAUCAGUCACAUCUGUUCGUUACUUCUCACACUCCACUUUGGUUUCUCUUAGAUCCCGCCACCAGAGAUGACCAAUCGGCCACUAAACUGUCCUGAAGGCUGCACCGAGGGUGUAAGUCGGGAUACGUUGAACGGCGACUAUCCUCGCACCGUCUGUCGUUGUCAGCCCGACAAAUCACCUGACUUCCUGGACACGCCUAACUCCCAUCAAAGGCCUUCGGAUCGUGGGUCGCUGUCCAUGGGUACGCCUGAGUGUGCGAAGGACAAAGCUGAUUCCUGUCAGCUUACUUUAAUUAUUGUCUUUCUUGCCCUUUGUGGUUGCCCUUUUCUUACACGGCCAAUACUCUUCCUAUCCGAGGUCCGAUCUCCCACCUUGAUACCUGGCCGACGCGUUAGAUCGCCCAGUCACUAGGAACCCGCUUUGCAUCAUACACAGUAGGGCUUGUUUUCGAAUGUUAUACACUCAUGCUGCCGGAAUUUCCCACGAGGGUUUGUCCCAUCCUUGUUGGGAUCGAAUCCUCUGAAUCCAGUAGCAGAUAUCAACGCUCUAGCAUAUUAACGUGAAAAUUAUUAAGGUUUGAUGAAAACUCUUGUCCAUUCUCAUUAUCUUGGAAUUCCCAGUAGUUGUAACCGGCAGUACACCAGUCCUUCGAAGUUCUUUAUAGCCUAAUGAAAGUGGAAUAGCGGGCGGUUUGCGUAUUCUCAGACCAACUAAUUGCAUGUAAGCCGUCAGAAUAGUAACACCGGAGCCAGCUACAGUAGCCACUCACGCGUCGCUCAAGCGCAAGUUAUGAACCGCAACACUGGCCAGCGGAGCACUACACUCUCGCCUUUGCCAAAACACAAUGAAGCUUUUUAUCAUCGAUUACGAUGGGCACGCUGUCAUUUGCCCUAAAUCAGCCCGAGCUUAAGGAGUGCAGCGUGGUUAAUUGUUUACCAGGCACUGGGUAGCAUGCUUUAAAUUAUGCUACUGAAGACGAAAUACGAGACUUUCUUUCAGGAAUACAACCGCCUGUCUGACUACAAAAGUCUCCCUAGCUCUUCCUUUAAAUUUGGGUCACAUUCAUCCUCUUCUGUACUAUUUGUUGGACUAUCCGAAGGCAGCAUUGAACCAUGUUGCGUCUUUGCAAAUGAAGCUUGGCAGAGUUUGUUGAUAUUCAGGCAGAAAGAGGUCUUUUUACGUGUUUUUUUUUGUAAAAAGAUGAUGCACUAGGUUUUUCGUGAAAACACCUCCACCGGUUUCCUGGCUUGUAAACGUUAAUUGCGCCGUGCAAGCUAUCUUUUACCUAGAUGACUUGUACUUGUUUAUGGGCUCCAGUAUCUGAAGGUGGGUAGACGAAUCAACUACUCGGGACGUCGGACCUCCAAUAAACCCCUCCCGGUGAACGCCUGUUCUUUCACGUUACUUAGUUUGGUAAUUGUUUAUGACUCGGCUUUUACGUUUCUUUGGAAGUAAUGCUCUUUUCUGAGUCCCUGUUUUAAAUAGGUUUCUAUAGAAGUGUGAAAAGGCAGCACUGGCAGAUUAGCAGCGACCUUACAUUUAGCGGUAUUUGCCCUCGCAAACGCCUUUACUGUCUAAGCUCCGAGGCCCUCAGGGGUAGAGCUCAAUGCCAGACCAUGUGCAGACGGAACCAUCCACUCUCGAUUUUCAAAUCUCAUUUUUUUCAAAUUGAGCAACUAGACCUUUCAUUCUCAAUCUCCCUACAACCAUUAGAUGUCGGACGUCUGCCUGUCGAUGACUUUUCUUCACAAGUCAUCGACUCACCCACAGCAGCUGACGGAAACUCCUGAAAUUCCGAGACUCCCCGUUAGUUCCCUAUUUCGUUCAAUUGUCAGGGGCCAGCUAUCAUUCACGAUAUCUACGUUCAUUCGCAAAGUCUUAAAAGCCGCUUACCUGGGGAUUGAGCUUGGCACGGGGACAGCGCACCCGCGAUUGACUUCCUGUAUAUGUCGUUCAUACCUAACCUGCUUGGAACCCUUUUGACAACUUUUUAGUGGAGGGUAAGUACUGGCAUAAGUCAGGAAGAAAUUCGUUUGGCCUUUCAAGGGAUCACUCGAUGCGUUUAGACGGCUUGUAUUUUGUCCGUAGCAGUCACAACGUCCCACUAGUUGAUCAUACUGUCGUACGUAUUUUCAGAAUUGUUUUUCUACUACCAAAAAGUUUGGAGAGCCUUCUGAAACUGACUUGCCAAUGCUGACUGCUUGCUACAACCUUAUUUUGGGAAAGAACUCAUUGUCGGUUACCCGGGGCCAAACUUAAAUGACAACCGGGAAUUGGUUGGCUGAUUCAUAAAUUUUAAAAUGUAAUAUGCGUGAAGAUGCGAGGUCCAGAUAUAUUACCGUGUAUAUCAUCCCCCGAGGAAGACGAAGAUGAGAAAUCGAUUUCAUGGACCAGGUUGUAUUCAGACUGACGUUUCGGAAACACACUCGUUUCCAUCAUCAGAGUCGUGCGCUGACGUUUCCUGCUGGCCUUGAUCUGUUCAGCCUUGCCGCCUGCCUCGUAUUAUAACCGUGCCCAGCGCACGUUUGUUGACUAGCCUGCUUUCCGUUGGCUGAUUGUCGCCUCCCUGAUCUCAGCCAUCGGCGGACUGGCGUGGCUUGUGUCCCCCUCACGCCUAACGUGGUUGCCGCUGCGUCGGCGUGCUCGUUCGCCUCCCCCUCGUCAGACGGCGGGCUGAUCGGUCUUUGUUCCUCAGGCGUGGUGUUUCCGGCCUCGCGAGUACGUCCGUGAGACGGUGUGCCACGCCGGUCACGUGACAUUCGGUCAGCGCCUUCUCCUCUCUCCGCGAGCGUCGGUGGUCGACCCCGUGUGUCUGCCCUGGCGAACGAACUCCAAAAAAUCCCGUCGCAAGGUUUAUAUAGAAGGCCCUCGCGAAUUGCUGAUGACUGGUUUAUCUCUUCGCUAGUUCAAUCCGAUCUUCUGUUGCACUGAUAUUUGUUUUGGUGUGUUUUUUUGCGUGAUCGUUUCCAGUGGACCCUUUGUCCUCACUUGCAGCAAGUCCCAACUGUGAAUCCGUAUCACUUGUCUUAAGGUCCUCUUGGAAGCUCCGAAUUCUUCUUGCAUCUUAGCUGUGUGGGUUGGGAUACAGAUUUUUAUGGAUCAGCGGUGUCAAAAAACCGAGCCUUAUGAGAUGACCAUUCCGCCCUACCUUACUUUUCACUCAGCUCCCCUGUGUGGCUGCAUGAUGCAGUGUUGAGCUCAGUGGCUACAUCCUGGUAGCCGCUUUGACCAGCUGCGAGUUAGUCGAAUGCCUCUUUUAUCGGCAGGACUAGGUCUAGUCCCAUUUGCUCAGUAUUGAGGAAGCAAUCGUGCCAUGGCACUCGCAGAUACUGACUCCAUACCAGACCAGCUACUGCAUCCUAGCCUAUGUCCUUCCGUUUUGCCAUGUAGCAUAGUGAAUUUGGGACAAGAGAACGAAGUUUGCUUUGCAGAUGCUGGGACUCGAUCUUCUUUGGAUCCGCGACGUCUUGCCUAAUCGGCAAAGGUUUCUCUUGUGAGGCUUUAUUUUUCCCUGUCUACACAUUCAUCGAAGCGGUCGAAGUACGACACCCAGGGCAUAUGGCUUCUUGAUUCAGUUUUAUUGAUCGACUCCGCCUUCGUUGUUUGUGGGUGGAUGCAAUCAUGCAUGUGAACACACGAUUUCAUCGUGUCACCGUUUUGGAACCUUAUUUAACUUCAUUUUAGUCAACUGCCAUACGAAAAUAUUCGCUUACAUUUUCAUCCCAGACUUGUUUACUUUGUAGAAUCGGCUGUCCGUCGUCGUCGUCACAUUGGCGGUUCUUUACCAAGCGUAAAAUGUGAGUGCCGUUUAUCUCUAUAGCUUCGCCUUGUCUCAUUCUCCCAUUUGUUCCGGUUUGAGAUUUUUUGCACUCGAAACAUUGCCCGACUUAGUUUAACGGGGGCAAUGAAGCCUUCUUUGCCUAUAGUUACAGAGCCUACUGGCUUCGUCUUGAACAAGAGGUUUGCACAAGUAAGAAGCGUUUUCACCAAGCCCUUUUGCUAAUUUGUUUGCACACAUCGGUUUAGUUGGAAAAUACACCAAAAGAGAAUGUUUUCGCCAUCCAGGAAAUUGUGACUCACAGACAAUUAUCCUCUAUAAGUCAAAUAGGAGCGCAGGAACCGUGACUUUUCAGACGUCUAUGUAACCACAAUCCAGUAGCUCCUUCGACUAGGUCAGACCUGAGGAGGGAAGUCAGGAUCGCCUAUGGGAGAGAGCUCAGCCGUGCCGCUGCACGCUUUGAUCAGGACUUUAUACUGAGUUUGUCACUGCGUCCAAUACCUGUCGCUAGUCGUCUUGGCGUAGUCAUGCUUUAUCAAGAUGAAUGCAAGAGAGGCCUAUGAUUUCCAAAUCGCUACCAUAAAAAACUAGUUCACUCUGCGUCCUCUGGAGUAAUGCCGAUUCCAGCUUUUCUCGAAAGGAGAGUUGCCUAAAGGGGAAGUUGCGCUCCGAGAAUUUAUUGAGUGAACCGCUCGAACCUCAGGAAAGCCCUAAACUUCGAGACUGCAAAUACCGGUAUAUUAGGCAUUCUACUUACCUCAAAGACGUCUGGUAUCUCUGCCCUCCUGACUGUUAAAAUUAAUUUUCGCUACCCAUGGGGCAAGUUUUAUCGAGAAUGGUUGGACCGUCGUAAACUAGACGUUGAUGAACUACGUUUUGAUGACACUCACCGCAUUUUGGAAAUUUGUAGAAAAACUCAACCCCUUUUGUGGGCAUAUAUAGCAAAGCUUUUUCCCACGGAUGAACAUACUCUACAAAAAAUGUGCUUCGGCAUGUCGACUGGCUAAAACACAAAGCCGAGGGACAAGGCAUGCCAUGAAUUAAUGGUUAAGGUUUUCGAUAAUUUCGAAUCCAACUGUAGAAAUAGCAGCAAAGCCGGUAUCUAAGACAUGAUAUGUCUGGCUCAUCUUUGAGGAUGCGUCCAUGUGCGUGAGACUUCGUCUUGUCUACUUGAUACGGCUGCGAUCAUGUCUAAUCCAGCCGGCCUCGACGAUGUCCCAAACUGUACAUCUCCAAGCUGGACGAUCCGCAGCAACAAAUCAGGACAGUUCAACCCAUUCUCUUCGCAAACAACGGACACCAAGUACCAAAGGUCCAAGAACCACCUUUAUGUCUUGAAGAACUGUGCCGAGCCAAGUUUUGAGUUGAUCCCCUCUUCGACGCUUCUAAUGGGGGUAACGGUGCCGAAUCGAGAGCAGUAACACUGACCUCCCGAGGUGGACGACGAAGAACAUGCCCAAACCUCCUCAGCCGCCUUUUUGUAUGGUCUGGGUUAUCCUUGCGAUGUUGUCACAGCGAGCGCGGACUGUAUCAUUCGAGACGAAAUCGGUGUACUUCACUCGAAACAUGGUCCGCAAGCAGUGGUGGUCAAAUACCUCCACUUUUCGCUCGUCUUCCAAGCUCACAGCCUAGCAUUCACAAUCAUAGAGAAGGACAGACCGGAUAGAUGCACGGUACAUGUGAAUCUUGGUGGCGAUGAAGAUGUCGCGUCGGAUUCAUAGGCAUUUUUAAGGCCUGAGAAAACCCGGCGGACAGCAUCACUUCGGGAGACAAUGUCGUCCUUACCCUGUCCAUUCGACAGCGGCCUCGCCCCGAGGUAUUUAAAACGGUCUACUUCUUCAACUUGACAGCCAUCGAUCCCGGGAGGUGCCUUCUCUUGGUCAGGGAUGCAGCUUGAAAACACUUUGGUCUUCCCAGCGUUCAUGGAGAAACUGAUCGAUUUAGCGAUUUCGUUCACCCCUUGACACCAUAGAUUAGAUCGACAAAGCUUGGAGCUAGCAACAUAACAGUUCGACCGUCUUCGCCGACGAAGCCCACCGUGAUCUAGUAAAGCGAUAUCAUUAGCAUAGUCUAGAUCAGUCAGCGGGCGGCCAAGUGUAAACCCAGAACCGCCAACUUCGCGUAGGACGUUUUCCAGAAGCCAGUGAAUGGCGUAGUUGAACAGAGUGAGCGACAGGAUACAACCGUACCAAAUGCCAGGCCGAAUAUUAUACGGUUGAAAGAGAUUGUUAUGGACUAGAACUCGCGCGGUGGUCGGACUUCUAGACUUCGUUGGAAUGUACUUUACUCCCAGGAGAUCGCCUCUCUCACAGCUUGAAAGAUGCCUUUAAAAUUACCAGUUGGGAUAAAAGAUCAGACAGCAUUCUAUGGUCGCAAGCUUUUCAGUCAUAAUUGUUUGAAAUGUGAUUUGUAAUACAGCGAGAAUAAAAAGAUUACGAGUAAAUGUGAAAUAUCUGAUCCUUCUUAUAACGUAUUAGAGACCUGUAAAAGUUGGAAUCUUCCAUGUAACCAAAAAAGUGUUUAGCCAAUUUAUAUUCGUUAUGUAACUACCAACGGAGGUAGACUGAGUACAGUGUAUGGGGAUGGACGGUAUCUCACAAAACGCUACACGCCAACUGCCUGCUUUCCCAUCAUUUCCCGUUGAAUAUUCAAACGAGUCCUUAUCUCGAAGGCUCUCCAUGCUAACGUUGUUUCCUAGCACGACGUGUACUCCAGUAUAAUAAAUCUGACGCGUUUUAACCUAUCACGGUGAGCUAUCAGACCUGACUUCGGAAGUUGCCAACUGGUGAGAUAACUUGGUCCACGUGGGGAGUAUAGUGGAGUAGUUGGAGGACUGAGAGUCGGGCUACAGUGGCUCCCUCCCAAUGUGGCUUUCAUGACAUUCUGACCUACAUGGGAUCCGAGCUGCCUUCACAGAGGCCUGGUACAUGCGGUGGGUAUCAGAUCAUGUAACACUUGUGACAUUCUGUUUAACUGUGCCAGCCCCUGCGCUCACCUCUGGUCGUCUUAGCUUUGUCUUGCCACCGGAGAAAGGUGGGUAAGAGAAAGUAGAGUGUUGUCGGUGCUACACAAGUCACCACUGGGCCCAACCUGUGGGACAUUCGUUGGUAGCCGUUGCUUGCAACAGUCGAACUGUCAUAUUAACGACACAAUUUUGCAUUCUUUUUUAAAAUGUACUUUAUCUGUCCUAAACUGUUGAGAGACGAAUGCUGUUGUCCCUAAAAAGGAGAUUGCGGUACGCCUUGUGCUUUGGCGAGUUUAUUUAGGAUUGCUGACUGACCCCUACACUUCAGCGUUUAGAUGUCUUCCAUGUUUGGUCGAGUAAUUCAUUCACUUCCAGCAAGUGCUGCUGCUUAUUCAUUUUUGUGGCUAACCUCUUAAACGUGUAUGUCUCGACUAAGCUUGCUCUUUUUUCCUACCAGCUUUCCGCGGCUGUGAAAUCGUCGACCAUCUCCUGGAGGCAGCUUUGCCCAUGCAGGACGUGAACAGGAUUCCUGAAAUGAUUAUUUUAAAGUGUCCUCAGGUGGCAUCGUAA